GCAGUUGGCUAAUCUCCUGAUAUGAGAACAGUCGCCGUAGCCGGAUCUUUUCUUGUACAGUUCCAGGCACCAAGCCACUUGGCGAAGUCUGAUGCUGAAGAGGAACCGGCAGAUGUCUUAGAACAGCUACGUAACCACGAACGAGACCUCGAGAGAGACUCAAGAAAGAGAAACGAAAUCGAGAUCAAAGCUGAGAAAUAUGACGACAAAAAUUCUGCAGAAGUAGAAACAACACGAGCAACAGUGGCUGCCGUAGCAGUCCCACUGCCCACAGAAGAAACCAAGAAAAGGCUGGCCAUCCCGAACGAAGAUGUUGAUAUAGUGGACCGGGAAGAUCAUGUCACUCAAUAUCUGGCAGAUCUACUGGUGAACACGGACAGUGAAAUUACUUUUCUUCAGGCUAGUGAAGUUGAAGAUGAACGUGAGCUUCCAGAGUAAGUAGCUGUUCCGUAGUAUCAGACUUUAAAAAGUCUCACUUUCUUUCUUAAUAUUAUCAAUGUAUGUAAAUGUAACCCAAAUGUAAUAAAGUAACUUUUGUAUGU